CCCCCCCUCUUUUGGGGCCGAAGACCAUCAAUUUCCUAUAUGUAAGUUCAAGUCAACACAUCUGUUCUGCUCGCAAUUCCCUGCUGGCCAGGUCUGCUCCCACCCCUCCCAUCUGCUCCGCCUGCAGCCUGCCUGUCCUUCCCUACGGCUUGGCUGUUGGUGUGCCAGACCCACACUUCGGCACCCUCUCUCCCUCCACCAAGGCGAGCGGAUGGAGGCUCUCCCUGCUGAUCUCUCCUCACCUGGAGGCCUGUGACCCACUCUGCUUGGCCAGGACAGUGGCUAAUCCCCCUUGGAUGCCACAACCUAGACAGAAGCAAAGGGACAUCGAUGCCUGGUGGAGGAAUAGUAUUAAACACAGCAUUGGCAACUCUGGAACCAAAGCCGUCCUGCUCCAGAGCAUAACCUUUGGCAGCGGGAUGAAUCAGGAAAGCAAACAACCAGCUCGGCACCAUUGACGCUUGGCUUUGCAAAGUUGGAAACCCCUCAUGUUUUGGCCUGCGACAUCCCUUGCCAGCUGAAGGUGGAAACGGCAAGACCCUACAGAGAUCAGGAAAUCUCAUACAAUGUUUCCAGCUGAGGAUGCCACCCUUUAAUUAGAAACUAAGCCAUUUCACCAAUUCCCAAGGUUUUGAUUGGCUUUUCAUACAUUAUGCUCAUAGCAUUGUAACAGGUGAAACUGGACACAAGGAGGAAAGAAAAAACGACAUUGAAACACUUUGCAGUACAGUAAUAAAGCAACCUCAGGGUGUCUUUAGGCCUCAACAUGGAUGAUGGGCAUAGAGGCAAGAUGAACCAGGUUUCUGAUGACUACCGAUACCAAGAUGGCAACUAUGAAGGCUAUGCUCCUAACAAUGGGUAUUACCAGAGUGGGGAGGAGCCUGGUCAAGAAGAAGAUGCCCAGAGUGAUGCCACUGAAGGCCACGAUGAAGAUGAUGAGGUCUACGAAGGAGAAUAUCAGGGUAUCCCUCACCCAGAUGACCUCAAGCCCAAGAAGAAGAGGAAAUCCCAGGCGCUGCCAGAUGAGUUUAGAGACCAUGCCGAACUCAUAGCAGAAAAGAUGGAGGAUGAGGAACAGCUGGCUCAUCAGUAUGAAAACAUCAUUGAGGAGUGCAGCCAUGGACGCUUCCAGUGGAUCCUCUUCAUUGUCCUCGGCUUGGCUCUGAUGGCAGAUGGGGUGGAGGUCUUUGUGGUGGGCUUCGUCCUGCCCAGUGCUGAGAAGGAUAUGUGCCUGACCACCUCCAACAAAGGCAUGCUAGGAUUGAUUGUCUACCUGGGCAUGAUGGUCGGGGCUGUAUUAUGGGGUGGAUUGGCAGACAAACUCGGCCGGAAGCAAUGCCUCACCACUUUGCUUUCCAUCAACGCUACCUUUGGCUUCCUCUCCUCCUUUGUACAAGGAUAUGGUUUUUUUCUCUUCUGUCGGCUUAUCUCUGGUUUCGGCAUUGGAGGCUCCCUCCCCAUUGUGUUUGCCUAUUUCUCUGAAUUCCUAUCCCGAGAAAAGAGAGGAGAGCACCUGAGCUGGCUCUGCAUGUUUUGGAUGGUCGGGGGACUAUAUGCUUCCAUCAUGGCCUGGAGCAUCAUUCCACAUUAUGGAUGGGGAUUCAGUAUGGGGACCAAUUACCACUUCCACAGCUGGAGGGUCUUUGUGGUGGUCUGCUCCCUCCCCUGCAUAGCAUCUCUCAUAGCCCUCAAGUUCAUGCCAGAAAGUCCACGGUUUUUGCUAGAGAUCGGAAAGCAUGAUGAAGCCUGGAUGAUCCUCAAGCAAAUCCAUGACACCAAUAUGAGAGCGAAAGGCGAGCCAGAAAGGGUGUUUACGGUGGCCAACAUCAAAACUCCAAAGCAGAUUGAUGAAUUCAUUGAAAUCCAGAGCUCAACAGGGACGUGGUAUCAGCGUUUUUUGGUCAGAGCCACAACUACGCUCAAACAGGUUUUGGACAAUGUGCUUUAUUGUUUGACAGCCCAGUAUAGAAUGAAUACGCUCUUUCUGGCAAUUGUGUGGUUUUCUAUGGCCUUAAGUUACUAUGGCCUUGUUGUCUGGUUCCCGGACAUGAUACGGUAUUACCAAGAGGAAGCAUAUAAAUCCCGUGAGAAAAUCUUUUACCAGGAAUCAGUGAAGGACAUCACCUUCAACUUCACCCUAGAAAACCAGGUCCACAAGAAUGGGACAUAUAUCAAUGACAAGUUCAUGAAAAUGAAAUUCCGGGAUGUAACCUUUGAGGAUUCGGUGUUUGAGGAGUGCUACUUCGAGGACGUCACCUCCAGUGAGACCUUCUUCAGAAACUGCAUCAUUAUCAGAACUGUCUUUUUUAACACAGAUCUCUAUGAACACAAAUUCAAAGAGUGCACAUUUGUGAACUCCACCUUCUUGGAGCAGAAGAAAGGGUGUCACCUGGAUUUCGAGCGAGACAACGAUUUUCUCAUUUACUUAGUCAGCUUCUUAGGGAGCCUCUCGGUGCUACCUGGCAAUAUCAUCUCAGCACUUCUGAUGGACAAAGUUGGAAGAAUCAAGAUGAUAGGGGGCUCUAUGCUGAUUUCUGCUGUCUGCUGCUUCUUCUUGUUCUUUGGCAACAGCGAGUCGGCCAUGAUCGGCUGGCAAUGCCUCUUUUGUGGCACUAGCAUUGCUGCCUGGAACGCCCUGGAUGUCAUCACCGUGGAGCUGUAUCCCACACAUAAAAGAGCCACGGCCUUUGGCAUCCUCAACGGGAUAUGCAAAAUCGGAGCCAUCUUGGGGAACUCUAUCUUUGCCUCCUUUGUUGGCAUCACCAAAGUGGUGCCCAUCCUUCUGGCUUCCUCCGCUCUGGUCGGUGGAGGCCUCCUCGCCCUGCGGUUGCCAGAAACGCGUGACCAAGUCCUGAUGUGAACCCGUGAAAGGGAGGAAGGCACUUCCAAUGGACCAUGGAAAGUCGGGCUUCAGAUCCAAACGUCCGCCAGUAUUUCUCCACUGAUACCUCAGAUUUGGGGGGGAAUCUGGGGGAGAGGAGGAAGCACCCCUUUGAGAUAACCUUAGUUCUAGGACCAGUGUGAAAUGGUGAUGGGGCCCAUGCAGCCGGGCUACACACACAAAGAUACACCCAGGUACACACCCAGAGCUUUGCUCACCGCUUGAAAGCUAACCCAUUUUAGGGGGCAAUCGGAGCCCCGUUUUCCUGCUGAACAUGUGUGAGCAUCUAUCCCCAACACUAGUCGAUAAUAUCCGCAGCCGCAUUGUGAUUGUGCAUGUCGUGGUAGGUAUUGUGCAUUGUAGGGAGCGAAGCAAGCCACUCCACCACCCAAGUGAAGCUCUAAGGGCUCAACCCAACGGCUUGUUGUCUGCAUUUCUAUACCUUUCCAGGCAAUUAAUUGUGGGUGGGGG